AUGACCCUGUCCGAGGCUGGCGAUCCUCCACUGUCGCCGCCGACCUCAGAUCCUAUCUCUCAGGUCACAUCCCGUGAGACAGAGAUGGAGUCGCUGAGUCAGGAGAAGCCAUCGUUGCCAUCAAGACCUCGUAAAUCAUUCUCCAAGAACAUCAACCCCGAGUCUAGCAGAUCGGUGUUGUUCAUGGCUGCCGACAAACUGGAGCGGAAGCGGAAGUUAGACAGGCACAAUCAGCGGACAAGCAGAUCAAGGGCCAAGACGAGAGCUCGCGUCGAAGAACUGGAAAAGGAAAAUGAGCAUCUCAAAUGCCAGCUUGAUGCUGCUGAGCGGUCCAAAACCCGGAUGCAGUCAACCCUGGAGCGCAUGAAGAAUUGCAUCCGCUCAUCCUAUGCUGCCAUGAUGGACAUGGACGAGCUCGGCGAAGUUCACUCAUCUAUAGAAAGCCCUGCCAGCUCUACAGGGGCAGCCCGCUCGAGGAGCUUGACAAAUCCUCAGGCUUUAGUAUGGCCUAGCCACCAGACCAGUAAAAGACGGCACAGCAGCUCUGUGAGGCCACGCUAUGUGCACGGAAGCCACGCAGACGGGCGUGGGCAGUCAAGUAGUGACGAAAACACGACAAUGCAGUAUCCGCUCGACGUUUUGAACAGCGGCCACGCAAACUCUAGCGACGCGCUGCCUCCCACCUGGUCCUUCACUGAUGCGCUGGCGGGCUUCAAGUACGAUGUGCCAGCAAGGCCGUCACCGCAGAACCAGCCGGUCUUAGAUCUCGGCGCCCUGGACUUCACUUUUGGAGCCAUCAACCAGGACAUUGAGCCGAACCCCGAUCCGUCUGUCGACGAGCCAUGGUCCGGGAGCCUCGAGCAGGCCCUGCAUCAUGUACGACGGUCAAGCCGCUAUUCUAUCUCACCCCCCGACCUACCCAUCUGGUCGAUCCCAAUCAAGCAUCUACCGCCACAGAAUCAGCUGGACCGCUUGAUGCAGAGCAUGGCGGACACCCUGGCAGCAAACUCACGUGGCAUGUCCUCGUCCGGCAUCCACACGCCGACCUUUCCCUCUGUCCAGUCACUGCUCAACCUCGACAUCGAGGAAGGGGAUGAAGACCAAUCUCUUCCCGUGUCGACAGCAUUAUUCGAGCAUGGCUCCUCCUGGACGGCCUUUCGAGGGUUCCCCGAGAAGAUCGCCAUCCUCCACUGCAUCGGACGUCUUGUGCGCUGGCAGGUCCAGCCUAACCGUGCCAACUGGGACGCCCUGAUGCCGGGCCUUCGUCCCACCGAUGCGCAGCGCAGCGUCCCCCAUCCCUGGUGGGUAGACACCCUCCAAUGGGGCCGCGGGCGCGACCACAUCAUAGAGCAGAAGAACUGGGCCAUAUUCCACCAGCUCCGUGGGGUCUUCAAUGCCAACUUCUCGAUCAACUGGCCCCACAGCCCCCACGACAUCCUGGUGCCCGGGGCCCAAGGCGAGAUGGUGCCGAGCCCUGCCUUUCUGGAGCACAUACGGGACACUCGCAACUGGACCAUCGACGCCGAGUGGCCGGAAGAGCUUGCCUUUAUGCGAGAGAUUGCGCCAAAGCAGGUUGCGGAGUUGUGA